CUGCUGCUGACAAUGACUGUUGUGUUGUCAUUUGCCCAGUUUCAAUUAUCAUAAACAUAUAAUAAUAGUCUUGUUCUUCAUCUAUGGUCUUGUUAUGUCUUGUUAAAUCUCGAUACUUUUAUUCAUUUUUAUUCUUUACAAAUCCAAACGAGUGACUGAGUAACGAUGGCGGACCUUGUAAAAAUUGGCCAAAGAGUUGAGGUCACCGCAAAGAGUCUCCAAGGAGUGAUUGCCUUCGUUGGAAAAACAAGUUUUGCGACUGGGAAAUGGAUUGGCCUAAUCCUAGACGAGCCCAAAGGCAAGAACGACGGCAGUGUGCAAGGAACUGAAUAUUUCAAGUGCGAGGCAAACUAUGGGAUGUUCGUGAGAGAGUCGCAGAUUCAGGCGCUGGACGCAGAAGGAAAACCCAUAGUCGUACCCAAGACUGCUGACUUGCCAGCGUCGAAGAUUGCCAGGUCUCGAGCCACCACUGGCGUGGGAGCAAAAACGCAGCCCACUAAUAUUCGGCGAAAAACCUCCAAAGGGCUUCCAUCACUAUCCGCAUCCAGCUCCAGGAUGUCUCUGGCAAGCAGCCGGCAAUCGUUGGCAGACAGCAGACAAUCUCUGUCAGGAAGUCGACAGUCUUUGGCUGGAAGCCGCAGUCAUUUGGCAUCUCCGGCCAGUGAAAAGCCGCUUGAAAUUGCCGAGCCAGCCACUUCAAAACGAGCUUCAUUUGUAGAGUUUGUUGAAACUCUGAAACCCCAAUUUACGCCCGGGGCAGUUUUGGUUACGCCAACACCCAUCACGUCCAUAGAUGAAAAGCUCAGUCAGCUGCAAUUGCAACAGGAGCUGGAAAAUAAUCAAAAGCAAAUGCAGGAACUAAAUGAAAAAAUCGAGACUUUAAAGAUAAAGCGCCAAGAAGACAAGCAAAAGUUGAAGGACUAUGAUAAGCUGAAAAUUCAGUUGGAGCAACUGAUUGAGUUUAAAGCGAAAAUUCUGGAAGCUCAGAAUUGCCUGCAAAGGGAACUACAGCGCGCGAAGCUUGAUGUUAAAGAAGCGGUCGAAGCCAAAGAAGCGCAUGCUGAGGAAGUUGCCGAUUUGUAUGAGACCGUGGAAAUGGCGACACUGGACAAGGAGAUGGCAGAGGAAAAGGCCGAAUUAUUGCAGGCCGAGCUGGAAGCUUGCAAGGAAAAGUUAGAUGAAGUAACUCUGGAUCUGCAGAUUCUGAAAACUGAAAUGGAUGAAAAAGCUCUAGGAACCACUCCGGAUGACCAGGCAAUUACGACGUAUGAGGUAAAGCAGCUCCAGCAGCAGAACGCUAGACUACGUGAAACGUUGAUCAAACUUAGGGAUAUAUCGGCUCAUGAUAAACACGAGCACCAAAGACUGCUCAAGGAUAUUGAACAGAAAAAGUCAGAGAUCACCGAACUUGGAAAAACCAAAGAAAAGCUGAGCGCAAGAGUAGAGUCUAUGGAACAACAAAUAUCCGAUCUCCAAGAACAAGUGGAUGCGGCAUUAGGAGCCGACGAAAUGAUCGUCAUCUUGAGCGAACACAAACUGAAUCUCGAAGAGAAAGUGGCCUGCUUACAAGAAGAAGUUGCGGAACUGGAAGCUCUCCAAGACAUGAAUGAUCAGUUGGUCGAAGGUAAUGCAGAACUAGAGGCUGACUUGCGCGAGGAAUUAGAUAUAGCCCGUGCCGAAAUUCGAGAGGCGGUGCGCAAACGAGAUGCCGCCUUUGAAACCAUCGCGGAUCAGGAAGCUACCAUCGGCAAAUUCAGAGGGCUGGUACAACAAUUGCAAGAACAGUCACUAAAUUUACAACGAGAACUAGAAAAGGAAACUAGCAAACCAGUCAAGUCUUUGCCAGAAAUUGCCGAUUUCAAGAAAAUGUUUACUGAGACGAAAGCGCACACGAAAGCAAUUGACUUAGAUCUGCGUCGAUUAGAUGAGCAACAGCUUCAACAGCAUAUUAAGUAUCUCAGCUCAUACAUGCCUGACUCGUUUAUGAAUCGUGGCGGGGAUCAUGAUGCCGUUUUAACUUUGCUGCUUAUCUGCAGGCUGAUUCAUAAGUCCGAUAUUCUUCUCGGGCAGAUUAAGGAAAAGUUUCCCGUUGCUGAUAAGGUUGACCGGGCUGCUGUUCUUAAAGGGCAUGCACUCGAACAAUACUCUUUUCGAUGUCGCAUGAGUUGCUAUAUUUUCGCAUUGCAGAGUGUUCUGCAUCAAUACAACUACUGUGUGAGGAUCUGCAAGCCGGAGACAUUGCUGAAAUUGGGAUCAGCCUAUCCUGAAAUGUCAGCGCAAGAGAAGGUGAUUGAUUCGUUUGUCGACUUGGUCAAACGAGACCAACUGGAUGAGAAUAUCCUGUUGGAACCCUUGGAGAAGUGCUACAACUAUUUUAAAACCAUGUUCCCAAUAUUGUUGGCGAAUGAGAAUAAGGUUGACCAGAACCACCUACUUUCAGAUAACGUCAAAGUCCUAUUGAGUGCUGUUGACGCCUUCAGUACCGAUGCUAGAAUUAUCCGGUGUCUUUCGGAGAGUGCCAACGUAGGAGAUAUUUGUCUACUGGCACAGCAUGUCAUAACUACAUCCGAACAGCUCCAGCGGCAGCUGAAACUCGUCAAAAGACGCCUUCCAGUCGACCUGAAUAUUACGAAUUUAUGCCUGGAAAAAGAUUUGUUCGACAAUCUAACCAAGUGUUUCCAGCACGCUGGAAAAAUAUUGAAAACUGUAAAUGACGUUGCUAGAAAUGCCACUUUGUCUUUAGCCACAAGCGGAGAAACUGAAAAGGGUCUGUCUCAGGAAAAGAUUAAGGAGAUUGCAAUGGUUGCUAGCGACAAGGUGUACGAGCAAGAAGACUUAGGUCCUGUGCAAAGUAUCAAACAAUCUUUAUCGUUGUUACUGACUCAGAUUGCUAAUAUUACUAAAGCUCUGCAAGAUAACGAGUUACAAUUUAGCACUAAUACUGAUGAAAACACUAGGCCACCAAUCCAAGUGAGGGCCGAGACUGUAAAGAAGGAACUCGAACAGACGAAAACCUUGACCAGUAAACUGGAAAACAAAGAGUCCGAUAUCAAAGAGCUCAAGAGGAUUUUGAAGGAGAAGCAGGAGCAGCUGAGUGAAAUGAUAAUCCGGAAGGAACUGGCGGAGAAAAAAUUGGGCAACGUUAACAAGGACUACGAGAUGUCGAUUGAAAAGCUUCAGCGAAAACUAGAAGAAGCGCACAACAAUUACAAGAGAAAAGAGAAGGAGUUUGAAGAGACUUUGGAUCACUUGCAAACCGACAUUGAUUCCCUGGAAAACGAGAAAGGCGAGAUGAAGGAGAAGAUGAAAAUGUUGACUAAAAAAGCACAGAUCGAGGCGUCGUUGACUCGGAGUAUGUCGGACUUUUUAGGCUCUACGAUGCCGUCAUUAAAUACUUCGCUUGGUCCCAAUCUUCCUGCUGUUGUACGUGACUCUCCGUUGCUGCUUCAGGAAAUUGAAAAUCUGAAGUUGUUGUUCCAUAAUGAACGCAACAAACGUAUAGAGCUAGAAGCUGCUAAACUUAAGCGGCAGCUUGAUAGUAUGGCCCCAUUGCCGUCUUUUAAAAACGUCAGGGACGAGAUUAUUGAGGAGCUUUUUAAAGAAGGCGUUGCUCUAAAACAGGAGAUACUUAUGACGUUGGCCAAACCUUCGUUUCCUUCAUUUGCCAACAUAAAACCAGGUGCUGAAGAAAUAGUUUGGAAACGCCAUUUUGCAGACGAGCGGAAUAAAAUUGCAGAUUUGCAGAAGCGCGCCCGGCACUUUCAGAAUCGUGCUAUUCGAGAAACGAUUCGUAGAAAACACGGCGGUCGGAUUGACGCCGACUUUCAUAUCUUUCCAACUAAAGAAAUGGUCAAGGCUGUCAAGGAAAGCAACACCGUAAAUUUUGGAUUUGUUAAGAUUCCAAAAUUGCUACUAUCUAACCAGGACAAACCCGGGACUAUUAACCUAAACGUUGAUAUUAAUAACUUGCAAAAAAUACUCGAUAGUUUAAAGAUUGUAUGAUAAGCAAGCAACUUUAAGCUUUAAAGCAUAUGAUGUGUAUUUAUUAUUCGAUUUACUAAAUAAACAGUUCUUCUUUAAUAUCCACAAAAA